CCAUUAAAAACUAUAAAAAUCCCAUGCCCUUUGUGUUUUGUGAUGCAAAGAGCCGUAGGCUCCUUUUCAGAAUAUGAAAUAAUAAUAUCGGCUCUGUGUGUCUUAGUAUAAAGCCCUCCCUCCCCUUAGUUGAGAAUUACAGCCCAGGACCCUUAGAGAUUAAUGCCAUGGCUUUAAACAUGUGGCAGAAACUACAGGUGGCGCUAGGUUGGUGUCUAAGCUUGCAAGGCUCUUUCUGCCCUUAGAUCAUGGUAAAAAAGAGGUGGUCAGAGCACAUGGGGCCCCGCCUAGGGAGCAGGGAGGGGCCUAUUUGCCACAUAAUUAGUUUCCUUCCUCCUAGGGUUUCAUGCCAGAGGUGUGAACAGAAUGAACAAUUAAUAAAACUCUAACUCCAGGGAGCUGGGUUCUAGCUGGGAAAAUAGGAACAGGCUGUUGAACCAACAAGCAGACCCGCUCCACAGAUACAUUCGCACCCACACACCGUCCACAGCCUGUCUCGCCUGCCCUUCAUACCAGACCUGUCAGAGCCUCAAGCUGGAGCUGUGCCGAGUGCAGCAUCCGAUAAAUGUCCCAGAAUGACUGAUACACACCUGCCUUGUGGAGCCUAGAGCUCACCACUGUGCCUGCCAGUCACUCACACCCUCCUCCUUUCCCCGAGUCCUACACUGUCUCUUUCAGGGCCCCACGUGAUAGCUAUGUCCAGUGUCCUACAAAGGGUUCUGACUGGUUCUAUUCAAUGUCCCAUCCCCAGGGAAGGGAGGGGAGCUGAGACAGACAGACAUGAGGCUUGUCCUGUUGUGGCCACCAAGCACAAGUCUUGGAUGGCAAAUAAUGAGGAGCCAGGAACUGUCCCUGCCUGGCUACGGUUGAAUGACUUAGCUUCUUUUACCCCCCUCCCCACUCCCCAGCUCCUUUCAUAUUAGAAGCUGAUGCCCCUCCCUGUACCUCAUCAAUAGCCCUGUCUUUUCCCAGGCCCUCUGCCUUCUCCUGUCACAAGCACUUGGUCCUGGGUCUGUUUGCUCCUUGUUCCUUGUGGCAUGUUUUGUUCCCAGUGUGACCGAGCUCAAGUGCAAUCUUUAUCUUCCUUGUGACUGGUGCCCCAGCCAGCAAGCUGCACACACAGGUCGUUCAUGGAAUAAACAGGUUCACCUGCUGACUCCCACCUACCCCACAACACACCAGCAGCCCUGCCUGUGUCUCCCACGCCACCAUGCUAACCCUGUAUUCUUGUCCCAGCAGACCUUCCUGGGCUCUGGGCACUGCUAUUCCAUUUCAAGGCCCAGCAUCCUCCUUCCCCUCUUUACAGCUCCCUUUUGUCUAGCACCACCCUUAUACAGCUCUGCCUCCUGCUGGGCCCUCUGCUGAAGGGCUGUCCAGCCAGAGCCAGGAAGCUUCAGUCCUGGAUCAGAGAAUUCCAGAUUGAGGAAGGGUGAAGGUGGAGACGGAAGUGGGGCACACAGAAGGGAGUCUCCUGAAGUUUGGGCCAGAAAACAGUGGAAGGGUGUGCGUAUGACGUGUUCAGGAAAGCCUUGAGUUUAGCCAGAGAGGGUCUGGCCUUUCCCCUUCGACUCCUAUCAACCUAUAGGUUAGCACCCAGGGGGGCCACCGCCAGAAUGAGACUCCUAAUCAUAUCUGGAAGCCCCUGUUAGGUGACAUAAAUUUUAAUUACCGUUCUUUUAGGAGUUGAGGUUGUCACCAGGGGAGUAUGCUAAGGUUCCAGAAGGAACCUAGCUAGUCCUGUGGCCUUUCCCACCUUGAGUUUUACUAGGCAGAACCUCUCUUCCCUACCGCCCAUCCUUGCAUCAUUUAAACUGGAGCAAAAUCGCAACUUGUCUGCCAGAAGAGCUGGGGUUAACAAUGGGGCUCCCCGAUUCACUGCCCACCAUAGUUCAGAUUCCCGUAGUGCGUACCCUCUGUGCCCCUUCCCUUGUUGGGCUGAGCUGGGCACUGCUGAGUGCUGUCCUAUGGGGUGGUAACACUGACGAGAAAGGAACAUCCCGUCAUACUGUCUCGUGCUCCUCACUCUCUGGUGUCUCUUCCUCUGGUGUCGGUUGACUUGUCUCUGCCUCUCCUCCUUCUGGCCGCAUGAGGACCCUCUCCUCUGGACAGAAGCUCUCUUCUGGCUUCCAGCCCGCUGUGCCUGCUCACGGCCAUCAUCUAGGUGACUGUUUAUCGGGUAGACGAGGCUGGGGCCGGUUCCACGCACUGCCUCUUCCCACAGGCCGAGCACGCUGGAGUCCGCACCUACUUCUUCAGCGCUGAGAGCCCUGAGGAGCAAGAGGCCUGGAUCCAGGCCAUGGGCGAGGCUGCUCGGGUACAGAUCCCUCCAGCCCAGAAGUCAGUGCCUCAGCCUGUGCGGCACAGCCACGAGAAGCCAGACUCGGAGAACAUUCCACCCAGCAAAGCUCAUCAGCAGCCACCUCUCAACAGUCUCCCCAAGCCAGAGCCUGAGGCCAAGACUCGAGGGGAGGGGGACGGCAGAGGCUGCGAGAAGGCCGAGAGAAGGCCCGAGAGGCCUGAAGUCAAGAAAGAGCCUCUAGUGAAAGCCAAUGGCCUUCCAUCUGGACCUGAAUCAGCCUCAGAGCCUGGCAGUCCUUACCCUGAUGGCCCAAGGGUCCCUAGAGGUGGAGAACCACCCUCCCAGCCCAAUGGCUGGCAGUAUAACUCCCCAAGCCGACCAGGGAGCACGGCUUUCCCCCCUCAUGAUGGGGACACUGGGGGGAACCGGCGGAGCUUUCCACCGCGCACUGACCCCGACAAAAUUGCCCAACGCAAAAGCUCCAUGAAUCAGCUUCAGCAGUGGGUGAACCUGCGCCGUGGGGUGCCCCCACCCGAAGACCUUCGGAGUCCUUCAAGGUUCUACCCCGUGUCCCGCCGGGUCCCUGAGUAUUACAGCCCCUACUCCUCCCAGUACCCCGAGGAUUACCAGUACUACCCACCUGGAGUGCGACCAGACAGCAUCUGCUCCAUGCCAGCCUACGACAGGAUCAGUCCGCCCUGGGCCCUGGAGGACAAGCGCCACUCCUUCCGCAAUGGGAGCGGACCCACUUACCAGCUUCGUGAAUGGAAGGAGCCCGCCAGCUAUGGGCGUCAGGAUGGCACUGUUUGGAUCCCCAGCCCCUCCCGGCAGCCUGUCUAUUAUGAUGAGCUGGAUGCUGCCUCUGGCUCCCUGCGACGCCUGUCCUUACAACCCCGUUCCCACUCUGUGCCCCGCUCACCCAGCCAGGGCUCGUACAGUCGUGCCCGAAUCUACUCCCCCGUGCGCUCACCUAGUGCCCGUUUUGAUCGACUACCACCUCGCAGCGAGGACAUCUAUGCAGACCCUGCUGCCUAUGUCAUGAGGCGUUCCAUCAGCUCCCCAAAGUAUGAUUACCUGGGAGACAGGCGGCCAGUCCCUGCAGGACUGUUCCCCUACAACUACCCACCAUCCCCCACGGUCCACGAUAAGAUGGAUGAACUGUUAGAUCUUCAGUUGCAAAGAAACCUAGAGUAUUUGGACCAGCAGGUCCCUGCAUACCCAGAGGUGUUCCGGGAUGGCCUCCACACCUUCAAGUUAAACGAGCAAGACACGGAUAAGCUUCUGGGCAAGCUGUGUGAACAGAACAAGGUGGUGCGGGAGCAGGACCGGCUGGUGCAACAGUUGCGAGCAGAGAAGGAGAGCCUGGAAAGUGCCUUGAUGGGAACCCACCAGGAGCUGGAGAUGUUUGGAAGCCAGCCCGCCUACCCAGAGAAGCUGCUGCACAAGAAGGAGUCUCUCCAAAACCAGCUCAUCAACAUCCGGGUGGAACUGUCACAGGCCACUACGGCACUGACCAACAGCACAGCGGUGUAUGAGAACCUCGAGUCUGAGGUCUCUGCCCUGCACGACGACCUCUGGGAACAGCUCAACUUGGACAUCCAGAAUGAGGUGCUCAAUCGGCAAAUUCAGAAGGAGAUCUGGAGGAUCCAAGACGUGAUGGAAGGGCUGAGGAAGAACAACCCAUCUCGGGGCACGGACACGGCCAAGCACAGGGGAGGACUCAGCACCUCAGCCACCUAUAACUCCAACAGCCCAGCCAGCCCUCUCAGCUCUGCCAGCCUUACCAGUCCCCUGAGCCCCUUUUCAAUGGUGUCUGGUUCUCAGGGAUCUCCAACCAAACCAGGGUCCAGUGAGGAACCUGGCCCACCUCGGCCACCCCUCCCCAAAGCCUACGUCCCCCUGGACUCUCCUCCCACCGUCCCUCCACUCCCUAAUGAGAGCCGCUUCUGGCCAUACCCCAGCUCCCCUUCCUGGCAUCACAGUGGCGAGACAGCCAGGGGUCAGACCAAAACAGGCUAUGAGUCAAGCAAGAAAGACCCCGACCAGACAUCACUCCUGGAUACCCCCAGAGACAUCAGCCUCGUGCCCACCAGACAAGAGCUGGAGGCAGAGAAGCAGGCAGCUCUCAACAAAGUUGGCAUCGUGCCCCCUCGGACAAAAUCUCCUGCUGAAGAAGAGAUGACGCCGUCAGGAGUGGUGAGAAGGACCACCAAUGGCCUCACUAAUGGCCUCUCCUCUCGGCAGGAGCGCCCCAAGAGUGCUGUGUUCCCUGGAGAGGGCAAGGUGAAGAUGAGCGUGGAGGAGCAGAUGGACCGGAUGAGGCGGCAUCAGAGCGGCUCAGUGAAGGAAAAGCGGAGGAGCCUGCAGCUCCCAGCCAGCCCUGCCCCUGAACCUAGCACCCGGCCUGCCUACAAAGUGGUGCGCCGUCACCGCAGCAUCCAUGAAGUGGACAUCUCCAACCUGGAGGCAGCCCUGAGGGCUGAGGAACCUGGUGGCCAGGCCUAUGAGACGCCACGGGAGGAGAUCGCCCGGCUUCGCAAAAUGGAGCUGGAACCCCAGCACUACGAUGUGGACAUCAGUAAGGAGCUCUCCACUCCAGACAAAGUCCUCAUUCCUGAACGGUACAUUGACCUGGAACCAGACACUCCCUUGAGCCCCGAGGAGUUGAAGGAGAAGCAGAAGAAAGUGGAGAGGAUCAAGACACUCAUUGCCAAAUCCAGUAUGCAGAACGUGGUGCCCAUCGGCGAGGGGGACUCUGUGGACAUGCCCCAGGACUCAGAGAGCCAGCUGCAGGAGCAGGAGAAGCGGAUUGAAAUCUCCUGUGCCCUGGCGACCGAGGCCUCCCGCAGGGGCCGCAUGCUGUCUGUGCAAUGUGCCACCCCAAGCCCUCCCACCUCCCCUGCUUCCCCGACUCCACCAAUCAACCCCCUACCGUCUGAACGCCCACGGGGCGCCGACAGCAGCCAUACCAUGCGGGUCUGAGCUCUGACUGCAAGCCCUGGCUGAGGCCAAUGCUGUGAUGCUCCACAGAGCCACCUUCUGAUAGCACACCUGGGACUCUGGCUCCUCAUCCUGGCCCCCUGCCCUCGCACCUGGGAAGCCAGGCUGGGAUCCAGGGCUGCUUCGGAAAGGAGCAUGGAUGCCUUCAAAUCCACAUCUGCUGCCCUCACCCUGAAGCCUGCACUGUCAUGCCGUGGAUGGCAAUGCCAAGGUGUCAUCCUCUCUGAUGCCCCAGUCACAGAGAGCUCAAGUGCAGUUCUGGAUGGCAUUGUGUGGCCCUCCUACACCGUCCCCUGAUGGAGACCGUGUUCUGGUGGGGAGCAUGCCCUCAGCUAUGGGUGAGGACUGGGAGUGAAGACAGGACAGACUGUAUCCCUUGGAACCCACAGCACAGUGAGAGACCGACUCUUGCCAUCGUCUUCCUCCCCUUCAGUCCCAGCUGCCUCAGCGAGGCCCAAGGCUUUGACACAGCAAUGCUGAUGAGUUCCCUGGAGACCAGCUGCCCUGCUUGAGCCAAAGAGAAGAUGAGGAGUGCUAGGGGGAGGCCCCCAGGCUCCUGGAGGGGUCGGGUGUGGUGUGGAUAGAAGACAGCAGGUCUGUGCAGUGUCUGAGGGCAGGUCGGAAGCGGGAGCAGACAGAAGAAGAGAGAGGCUUGGAGACUGAAGGAAGGGAAAGUCGGACGCUUUCCACAGGCAACGAGGAUGUAAGGAAGGAGGGAAAUGGAAGGGAGAGUAGAAAUGGCUUCCCUAGAGUGGAGCCUCCAGUUCAUGCCAAGUCGAGGGCCUGACUAUCACCCCUGUACUUUCACAUCUUCCUCAGAAGCAGGUGGCUCCAGGAGGACUCGCUAGGCACACAGCUGCCUCAGCUGAGGUGCUUGGUAGCAAGGUGUGGAGGAAGGGGAUGUUGGAUGAGACAGCCUGGGAUGUGGUCCAUCUGUCUCGAGGCCUGCUGUUUGUAUCUCUCCUAGGGUCAGGGGCAGAGAGGACUGUCUUACUGUCUGUCCUGACUGUCUGUCAGCCUUGGAGCCUUACCUAGCCAGUUUCUUGACCUAUUUAAACCUGGAGAGUGCUGUGGGCCAGCUGAGGGUUAACCCUGGGAGUAGGGGAUGUGAGGCCAGGUUCUAGGUCCUUACUCCUCAUCUCAGGCAUCCAGAGCAGGACCAGAGGCUGGGUUUUCUCACAACCCACCUACCCAGGGAGGACAGGUCAGGGAGAGACAGGAGCAGAGCAUAGUCUUCCUCUAUUCCACCUACUGUGAGUGAAUGUAGCCAGAGUGCAGUGAAGGAAGGCCAGCUGCAGACACUGAUCUCCAGCCCUGCUCUGCAAGACUAGCCCAGAGACUUCAGCCUGCGCAUCAGUGGUCCCAAGAAACAGCUGCAUCAUCUCCCAUCUAUCCAUCGCUGCUCCUUCAUGGGCUGGGACAGUUACUGGUUCAUAUGCAAGUAAAGAUGACAAUUCAUUCAACAAAUACUAGUCAAGCACUUUUUGUGUAUUAGGUACUGCUCUAGGUGCUUAGCAUAUUGUCUUGCUUCUGAGAGACUGGAUUGGGAGGAUUCCACCUGUAGUCACUCUGUCAGGCUUCUGGAAAGUGCCCCUUGGUGACAUUCCCUGUCUACAUAGUCCAAGCACCCAAAACCUGUCCUUUCUUCCUUAAAGGUGAUAGUGGGAUUAGCUCCCAGGUUAGCCUCUCUGUCCAUACCCUGUUCCACAAGAAACAAAGUUUUUAGAGCUUCCCCUGUGUUUAUCUCUCCUUUUUUAAAAAAAAAUAUGGUAUUUUUAGAAAUACACGUUAAAUCCCAAGAAAUGUCUGCGCCUUCUCCACCACUCUCAUCCCGUAUUCCUUCAUAAAGCUGGCUCUUUAUGUUGCUUUACAUGCCUUAAUAUAUGUUUUAUGGAAGUGAUCAUGUCAUGGUUACCCAUGUAAUAUCUGUCUAUGUAUUUGUCUGGAUGUCAAUCCUUUAUCAGCUCCCGCCCAGAUCCAUUUUCUGUCCAUGCCUUUCUCAGCAUGUAGAAACCAUGCCCCUUACCUUUUUGAUCCAAAGAAGGGGACAGAAAAGACUUAUUCUAAGGUAGACCUACUUUAUGCUUUUGUUUAAAAGCAUAUAUAUUUCCAGAAUGCGCAAUGUCUGGAAGGGAUUGGUGAUCUGUGAGGAGACUGAGGUGGUUGUCCCUAGCCUGGGUCCCUGUCCUUCCCUUUGCCCCAGUGGCUUCCUUCCCAUUACCCAGUCAUUGUAAAGGACUGGUCCUCAGGCUCAUCCCGACUGCAUCCUGCAGGAGCAGGACAUUCCUUUGAAAGUCCUGGUCAAAGAAUUUGACUUCGCGGUCGACUUUGGAAGGCAGUCUAAGGGCUGUCGGGCAUGUGAAUCUCCUGAAGGAAGUGUUUAUAACUGCAGUCGUGCAGUCCUCACACGGGCCCCUGGACCACCUACCCCCCACAUCCCUCUGCGAGAAAAGGCCAGGUUGCUGGCAGUGUAUGCUAGCCAGUUUGAAGGAAGUCAGUCUGCUCCCUGACAGACCCGAGACCCAGAGAAAGUGCUUGGGAUCCUCUGUGUUUUUCGGUGAUGGCUGUGGCUCCCAGGCCUCUCAUAGCUUUCUCUCGAGCCCACUCUGUGUCACACCCAGCUCCCUCUAGGCCUUUUCUUUCUGGGAAUCUUUAUGGCACAUCGGUCUGGCAUCCAGACUUGAAGCCUCAUUCUUGAUUGGGGAGGGCCCUACAGUCAAUGUCACAUCUUAGUCUUUCUCAAGAAGAAACCCGCAGUGUGUUGGCAAAACUGUGGGCUGGAGUUCAGGCCUGUGCUAGCUCAGCCUUCCAAACUUGCUUCCUGACAGGUGAAGUGAGCAAGGAGGUUCUAGCCUUUCAAGGACUGGGGCAGGAUGGAGUCCUCACCCCAGGUCUGAACUGAUAUGUCUGGGAAUUUUACAGCACUUCCGGCCAGCCUUUGAUACCUGACCUCCAACUCUGGCAUUCGUUGGCCCUCCUCCCAGCCUCGAGCCUCUUGCUAUGAAUGAACAGGGCCCAGAUAUAAGCCCCGGGUAAGCACCCCUCCUAGGGUACCCGCAUAGGGCCUUCCCAAUGAACGCAUUACCUCCUCCACCAAAAUCCAAGAGGCUGCGAUCAAAUACUGCUACUGUCACUUUAAAGACUUCUGAGGAAACCAGCUUGCAAGUGGCAAGUGUGCUCUCUUGCCUUUGUGAAAGGCAUGUUCUUGGGGGCAGGGCUACUUCUGCAAGAUGGAACCCCUUCCUUCCCUCUUAGGCACCCUCCUCCUGGCAGCUCUUAAAACUAAGGAAAAAUACUAUAUAUAAAUAUAUAUAUAUAUACAUAUCUAUUUAUGCAUAUAUUUGGGGCCAAUUUGAUUUGCUAGUGUUAGACAAUAAACCAUACAAGGACAUUUAUGAUCUCAGUGUCUUUAUUUAGUAUGAAAGUGACCUUAGACAAAGAGUUAAGGUUAGAUGAGCAGCAUCUCUGUUGGGACCACACGGCUGUAGCAUCCCUUGAGCAUCUAUCUAGCCCAUCAUCCUCCGCUGGAGGAUGCGCCUGGAGAGGUAGGUGAGAGCUUGCUCCCUCCUCUCAGUGGCAGUCUCACCAGGUUAGGUACUAAAGAACCCGAUGAGCUCUGCAUUUGUAUCCUGCAAGUUUGUAUAAACCAAUGCUGGAAAUAAAAUGAAUGGUUUGUA